GUUAUAUUGGCUGCUUGUCCGCUGGGCGUCUAGGGUUUCUGAGAUUUUAAAGGGAGUUAAGCCGCGCCACCAACAUCAGCAACCAUGGUUCUCAAGACUGAACUUUGCCGAUUCAGUGGUGCCAAGAUAUAUCCCGGUAAGGGUAUCAGAUUUGUUCGCUCUGAUUCUCAGGUUUUCCUCUUCGCCAAUUCAAAAUGCAAGAGGUACUUCCACAACCGUUUGAAGCCGUCAAAGCUUACAUGGACAGCCAUGUACAGGAAACAACAUAAGAAGGACAUUGCUGCUGAGGCUGUAAAGAAGAAGCGCCGAUCCACCAAGAAACCAUAUUCAAGGUCUAUCGUUGGUGCCACCUUGGAAGUUAUACAGAAGAGGAGGACUGAGAAGCCAGAAGUCCGAGAUGCUGCAAGGGAGGCUGCACUCCGUGAAAUUAAGGAGAGGAUCAAAAAGACUAAGGAUGAAAAGAAGGCGAAGAAAGCAGAGGUGAUGGCUAAGACACAGAAGACCAAGAGUAGCAUGCCUAAAGGCGCUGCACCAAAGGGCCCCAAGCCUGGUGGUGGUGGUGGAAAGCGAUGAUUUACUCCAUCUCUUCUCUUCUUCCUUAGUAUAAACAGUUAAGAUUUUGUUUCCGUAUUUCAUGUAUGGAUCCAUUAAUCAUUAUGGCUUUCGUUGUUUCUGUUGUGAUAUUUGUUGGGAGUUAUAUUUGCUUACUAUUUACUUAAAUCAAAGUUUUUUAAUGCAUCAUUUGUUACUUUUUGAGUAUA